GAAGGGGCCGCGCGGGCCAUGGGGCGACAACCGCCAACGUCCGAAGUCCCGCGCGGACCUCUUUUCAGUUGCUGCCCACCCCGGCCGCCAAACUGGGCAACAGCGCGGUGGGUCUCAUGGCCGACGUGGAGAGAGGCAUCCGGACCAACCGAGACGCCAUCAAUUGGGACGGGAACUUCGAGGAAAACUAUGGACCGUGUGAAUGGAUCCUAAUUAUCCUAAUGCACAUUGCUGUAAUUUUAACUUUCCCCAUAUCCAUCUGGAUGUGCAUAGAGGUUGUUAACGAGUACGAAGAACCGGUCAUAAUGAGGCUCGGACAUAUACGAAAAAAUGUUGCAAGAGGUCCAGGGGUUUAUUUCAUUCUGCCCUGCACAGAUACCCUGAUCAAAGUGGACAUGAGGACAAAAACGUUUGAUAUGCCAUUCCAGGAAAUUUUUACUAAGGAUCCCCUGAUUAUUGAUGUAGAUGGAGUGGUCUAUUACCGAGUUCAGAAUGCUCCCCUUGCUGUAACCAAGGUCACAAAUGCAGAUUCAGCCACCCACCUUCUGGCCAAAGCCAUUAUGAAGAAUACGCUGGGGGCCCAAAGCCUCUGUCAUAUCAUCUCCGAGCGAGACAAAGUUGCCAAAGAUAUCCAGGCCCUGCUGGACAAUGUUACAGGUGACUGGGGAGUCAAGAUAGAGCGUGUAGAGAUCAAGAACGUGAAGACACGAGUAAAUGUUGUUGCACCCAGGAACGUGAUGCCACAACCUAAGCCAGUGAAAGAAGCUUCUAUCCUCCUUCAGGAAUCUCCUCUCUCCCUCCAACUUCAUUACUUGAAGCCAGACGGUGCCCACAGUGGCCAACAGAACUCCACCAUUAUCUUUAGCUACCCGUAACUAAGCGGAAAAGUAUUGGAAUGAAGCAAUCAGCAGAAGCUGUUUCUGCAGAACAUAUGCUGCUUUGGUGAUUGGUCACUUCAAAAUCCAAGGCAACAUUGAAGGAUACAGUGGUGGAUGUAUUUAUCUGUUUGUUUUUAAUGUUUGAUGUUGUUUACAUCUUUCUCCCUCCCCCCCAACACAAAUAAAAUUUGAAGACAGAGAUCAUCUUGGCAGUCGGUCACCUGUGGUGGUGAGUUAAGAGCUUAUGACCACUUGAGGUGGCUCCUGGAAUGGAGCUUGUUAGCCAAAAGGAUGCCUUAAGAACCACGUUUGGAUGGUUGGAUGAAUAAACUGGCACGGGACCAUACAACAGGAUGGGCAAAAAUUACAUUACUUCUCUUUAAGUGUAUGGUGAUUGAUUUGCACAAAGGGAAACCCAAACCUUGUCAAGGAGGAGGCAAGAGGUCUUUCCUGGAGAGAUCAAAUGGGUGAACUGACUUGCCCAACUUUCUUUCUCUUCUCCCAGACCUGCUAUAACAUUAUACUAUGGGAAUAUGAGAGGGCCAAAAUGACACCCAACAGCCAUAAGCACUCCAGGGUUGUUGGGAUGGUGGUGUCUGGAAUUCCAAACAAUGGGAACAUCAUCUGGUUUGGGAACAGCUGAGCUAAAGGGAUAAUGGGUGAUAGUUUCUGAUAUUAGGCAUGAAGGGAGGGUUUAGCCUUUUUCUCCUCUGUUUCUUUUCUUACGGGGAGAAAAUCCUUCUUAGUUAUUUAAUGUGGUUUUUAUCUUUUCUUUUCACCAUAGAGAGGUCAAGGGCUCGAACCCCUUCUCCCCUAAAGAUUUGAUCCAUGCAGUAUGCUGAACCAUAGUGUGGGUUUCUUUGCAUCAGGCUCAGCGUGUUGUGUGAUUCCAUCUGUUGUGGUGUGCAAACCACAGUUUAUGGCUUAGUGUUGUAUGGAAAAAAAGGCUUUCAAGCUUGCACAGAGGGAAUUUUUCAUCUCUCUUGUCCAACAUUCAUGCAUCUUAGCCUGAGAUGGGAAGGGGGAAUGGCUUGGAGACCAAGGAGAACUUUGGGAAGAUGUGAUCCCCAGCACUUCUGGUCCAACUUACCCAAAAUUGACAAGCCUUUUACUGAUUCUAUACAAGCUUUAUUAAAGGCCAUUUUUCAAAGCAGCAGGGGGACAAAACGAUACAGUUCAUGGACAGGUCUCAGCUACUGAUCAGCUUCUUGAACUAUUUUUAA